AUGACUGGUCUACACUGGACAUUCGAGCAUCUCGUCAAGUAUACGAGCCAUCCCUCGUUUCCGUCAUCGACUCUCAAUCCACUCAUCAAGAGACUCCUCGCCAGCGACCCGAAUGCAUACAUCUUCGGCGUCGGCGGCCAUUCCGUGGUGCUGCGCAUCGCACCCGACGUCGCCGCCAAGGUGGCGCUCGAGCCGGGCGACGAGCACCUCCGUCACGAGCAGGCCAUCCUUGCCUCGCUGGCCGGCGACGCGGGCAGCCCGCACCUGAUCCGGUCCUACCUGCACGCCGCCGACGUCAGCUUCCUCGAGCUGGUCGAGAACGGGAAUCUGCACGAGCGGAUGCGCAGGGCAGGCAGGCCGCCGCGGCCGGUGCUGCUGCGCUGGAUGCUGCAGCUGGCGCACGCGGCCGCCUGCCUGGAGACGCUCGGGUACGCGCACGGCGACAUCGACCCGCGCAACAUCCUGGUCGACGCCGAGGACCAGGUGCGGCUCAUCGACUUUGACCACGCGCUCCGGCCCGGCGCGGAACUCGACGUCGGCGAGGAGCCGUACGUCCGGCAGAGCAUGGAGCCCCAGGGCGGCCAGUUCGGCUUCGCCGGCCCCGUCACGGAGCAGUUUGCGCUCGGCUCCGUCUUCUGGUACAUGGCGCGCGGCGCCCAGAUGUACGCGGAGCUGCCCGGCCACGAGCGCGUCGACCGCCUGAUCCGCGGCGACUUUCCCGCCACCGAUCCGCACGACCCCGUGGACGGCAUCAUCCGCCGCUGCUGGGAGGGCGGCUACGCCACCGUCGUGCACCUUGUCGACGACAUCCAGCGCGUGUCCGGACUGGAGCUGCCGACCCGGACGCCCGGACGCCUCGGCCACAUGCAGGAGCGGAGGCGGUUCUGCGAGGAGUACUGCAGACUGGCAAACUUGACUGUGAUCCAAAGUAACGCGAAAGAAGAAAAUGAUGCAUGUUUCGACACCGCCAGCGCCCGAAACAACACUGAAAAAUGCGGCGAGGUUGCCGACAUCAGUCACGCCACUCCCAUUGUGGCAGGAAAAUCUUCAAUGCCGACGGGGUAUCAAUCAAAUCAGCCAAAUCGACAACUCCCAAUGAAGACGUCAAUGCUGCGCUUCCGCACGCGCGCAAAGUCCGUGUGCAAUUUUCUUUAG